AUGGGUUUAGGGAUCAAGGUUGAAGUCAUUCACAAGGAAACAAUUCAACCAUCAUCUCCAACUCCUCACCACCUUAAAAAUUCCAACCUCUCUGUUUUUGAUCAGUUUCUUCCAGAUAUUUAUGUCCCAAUCCUUCUCUUCUAUCCCAACAAUAAUUGUGAAGAGGUCAAUAAUUUGGUAGCUGAGAGAUCCAAGCUUCUAAAAACAUCAUUAUCUGAGACCCUCACUCACUUCUAUCCCUUUGCAGGAAAGUUUCAAUAUAAUGAUUCAAUAUGUUGCAAUGACCAUGGGGCUGCAUUUCUUGAAACCCAAGUCAACUGUCCCAUAUCGAAGAUUUUGGGAAAACCCGAUUUCGUGAUGCUAAAACAGUUGCUUCCAGCUGACACGGAAUCCAGACAAGAAGGCGCAAGCUAUCUGGUACAAGUCCAGGCCAACUUCUUUGGCUGUGGUGGAAUGGCAAUUGGAGUAUGCAUUUCGCAUAAGGUAUCUGAUGCAUCUACAAUCAGCAAAUUCAUUAGUAGCUGGGCUGCAAUUUCCUUUGGCUCCAAUAGCACUACUCCUUUGGUGCUUCCUGCAGAAUUUGGUGUUGCAUCUUCUCUCUUCCCACCACUAGAUAUCCUAAACACACCCCAACCCCCCAUGGAGUAUGAUAAAGAAAACUUGAUCACAAGGAGAUUUGUGUUUGAUGCCUCAAAGAUCGCUGCUCUCAAGUCCAAAGUUGCCACUGCCACUGUGCCAAACCCAACUCGUGUUGAAGUUGUGUCAGCGCUCAUUUGGAAGUGUGCCUUUGAAGCAUCAAGAUCAAACCUGGGUUCUGUAAGGCCAUCAGAGUGGUUUCAAUUUGUGAACAUGCGAAAAAUAUUGGUGCAGCCAUCGGCAGAAAACGUAGCGGGGAAUGCAUUGGCGCUGGUUUCAGCAAAGACUCAUGGAAGUAAAGUAGAUGGUGAUGUUCAAAGCUUGGUUGCUAAACUCAGGAAAUGCUUUAAGGAGUUUAAAGUAAAAUAUGCUAAUGAUGUCAGUGGGGAAGAUGUAUGUGAAUUCUUCAAAGAUUAUUGGAAACUCACCGAUCAGGAUGAUGUAGACACCUAUACUUGCAGCAGUUGGUGCAGAUUUCCUUUCUAUGCCGUCAAUUUCGGAUGGGGAAGGCCAUCAUGGGUGAGCCAGAGAAUGGAAUACAGGAAUCUGAUUGUGUUGAUGGAUACAAGAGAUGGGGAUGGCAUAGAGGCAUGCUUGACUCUCGAUGAAGAAGAAAUGGCCAUAUUUGAAGUAGACAAGGAGUUGCUUGAAUAUGCAGCUUUAAAUCCAACUUUAGUUUAG